UGGUCCGUGUUGACUGUUGUUUACCACUUGCAUUCCGCUUUGUAAAUGCACUCUAGCAAUUUCAUAGCACCGAAAACUCUUCUAAACAGUUCAUGAGUUAAAAAAAUAUCGCUUGUAUAUAGAUUGGCCAUGGAGUGCCAAAAUACUCUCACUUGUCAGUGCAUAAUGGAAAGGAUCUUCAGCAAUUGGCAUGAGUUAAAAAAAGCCAUUGAACAUGGCAUGGGGUCUUAUGAACAAGCUCGCAGCUUUGUGCUGUAUAUUGUCGAAAUUUUCAAGAUGAAUGAUGAAUUAGAUGUAAUGGAUUUGUCUGCUGAACUUUAUGAUUAUAUGGAAGGUGAGUUUCAGAUUCAGCUUGAAGACAACAGUGAAAAGGAAGUGGCUCAACGUGCAAUACGAUUCCACAAGCUAUUUAAAAACAAUGACUUGAGGAGCAUUGAAAUUGAAAACAAUAAGUUACCACCGUUUCAACCUUGGAUUCUUUCAAAUAGAACCAUCAGAACCGCCACUAUUACAAGCAAUGCAACAGAAGAAGACUCGAGUGAUGAUGAAACAGGUGGAUCAUCUCAAUCGCCUACAGAGACUUCACCGCAAUCAAGCUCUACUGCAAUGGAGAUAGAUGAAGAUGAUUGGUCGAUAGUUGGUAGAAGAAAAAAAUAAUAUUGGUUAUCCUUGUUAUAAUUAAUGUUAAGUUUUAGACUGUUUAGUUAUAAAUUGUAAAUAUUUAUUUUUAUUAGAGCGUUCAAUGUUCAUAAUGUUCCUAAUUGUAACUAUUACUCAAGCUGUGAACGAAUGAGUGACGCGUAGCAAAAUACCACUAAUGUACAAAUUUUCAAUAAGAAUAUUAAGUUUUCAUUAGUUGAUAAACUACCAUAGGUAGCCUAAUGUACAUAUUGUAUUUUAUAAAAAAAGACAAAUUCUAAGAUAUGAUCUCAAGUUGAUACGUAAUGAUAAGUAUCAUAAAUAUUGUACAAAAUUGGAAAGGCAAUGUAAAUUUAACUUUAAGAAAAAUUAAUAGAAAUAAUUA